AUGGAUCCACAAUACAAAACCCCACAUAACAGAACAACAGGAAUUCGAGAAUCCACAAUACAGAUGAAAACAACAGAAGCGGAAUUAGAGAUCAUAAACAAGUUGUUUGAUGAGUGCAUGAACAAAGAAUGGAAACAAGUUUCAAGCACUUACUCCACUCAUGGCUUUGUUCGUCCAGCGAAGCUCAAUAAGUCAGAAGACACGGCUCUGCAUUUAGCUAUCAACUGUUACAACCCGAGGCAUCCAUCCAAAGAUCAUCUGCGGUGCAUUAAAGAGAUGGUGACUAAGAUACCUAAUGAUGAAGUGUUGUACAUCUUAAAAUUGAAGAAUGACACAGGAGACACCCCUCUUCAUCUCGCGGCUCAACUUGGAAACGUUGAAAUCUGUACAUGUAUUCUUACCAAAGUCAUGGAACCCCACAAAGCUCAUGAACUCAUCCGGGAGCGAAAUAACUUAAAGCAGACUCCACUUUUCCUGGCAGCUCAUCGUGGCACGGUGGAUGCAUUUCAAUUACUUUAUGAGGAGAUUAAGGCAAGAGAAGAUCGAAUCUAUCUGUGUAGGAUGGAAAAGGGGGAAACUAUUCUGCACUCUACUUUGUCUUCGGAAUACUUGGAAUUGGCCUAUGACAUAAUUGAAAAAUUUCCAGAGCUUGUGAAUUAUGUGAAUGAGGAUGGCACAUCUCCCCUGGAUAUUCUAGCCAGGAAGCCACAUGUAUUCAAGAGCAGCAGCAAUCUCGAAUCCUAUGAGAGCAUUAUCUACUACUGUACGGACGUUAGACACUUUUACAGACGAAUAUUUACUGAAGACGAUGAUCAUUUUUCAUUCCCGGAAAACUGGAGGACACUUGUGGACUUCUGCGAGCUCAUUUGGAAUUUCAUGAAGAAUAUUUUGAUGGGCAUUGGAAAUACUUUUAAAAUAACUGCAAAACAAAAUAAUGAUCCAGAGAAUCAAGACCGUCAACCUCACGGCUGCGCAGCAUUAUUUCAAGUUUCAGGUAACAUAAAAUAUAAUAAAGGGACAGAUGAAGACGACCAAAUGCCUGUAGGAGCAUUUCUCAGAAUUCGUUACUACACCGUCUACACAGUUAUUGUUUUCCUCAAGUUUGUAAUCAAAUACAUGCUCGUCAUCAUACUGGGAAUUGGAUCUCGUAGGUUAUCGGUAAUCCAAAAAAGAAAAGAAAUGCACACAUGGGCAGUCGAGAUUUUAAAAAAAUUGAUCCUCAAUGAAGCUACUUACAAGUAUCUGCAUUCUGGGGGUAAACCUCUGCAUCCUGUGGAAGAUCCAAACAAACCAAUUGACCUUCCUAUCACACCACCUGAUACAGAGGAAACAAUAUCACAGCAAAAAGAGAACCACCCUGCACUGCCUGCAGGUAAACAAUAUAAUCUAUUCUCCAACUAG